UUACUUUAUGUAUUUUACAAAAACAUAGAUUAAAUAGAAUAAAUAAGUUAACCUUCUGGCUUAAUAUGCAUAUUGUCAGACGGUCCCUGUAAUUCUGGGGAACGCAAAACAUGGCUGUCCAUUGACAUGGUGAACCAUAUGGUAUUUUUCAUAUAGCUUUCCAGACUUUUCUGCUGUUUUACAUUUUCACAAGCUGGGAUUUAACGUGGAGUUUGAUUCAUCUUAUUGCAGACAUGGGGCAGCUUUUUUAUUUUUAUUUUUAUCGGGCAGCGUGGUGAAUUAAGCAUUUUAUUGUGUCAUGUCAUCGUUAUUUCCCGUACUAAAAUGUACAGCUCACCGUCCGACAACGGACUCGUGCAGUCGGAGGAAUGUUCUGGCAGCAGCGGCCUUUUGCUUCGACAUAACCGUAAACCCAGCCGGAGGCAGGAGGCAGACAGUAUCGUUAGCCUGCUAAGCUUGGCGACUGAAGAGGACGACGAAGUCCAGUUUGACACUUCAGACACAGACGAUAACCGUGAGGUGUUGAUGGCUGGUAGGCAUUACCCGUCAAUCCAAGAGUUUGCCUCAGCCAUCCCCAACCACCUUCUCCUCGGGUCUUUGCUCGAGCACCUGUGCUUUGUUUACGAGAGCAAUCCAGCUCGCUCACGCAUGCUGUUUAAAGUCAUAGGUCAGCGUUUAGCUGCCAUGAAUCUCCUUUCACCUCUGGCAAUAAGUGAUGAAUUCAGCACCAUCAGACUCCAGCAUAACCGGGCCUUCACUGAGCUGCUUAAUGCUGCCAGCUCCUCACUCUACCCUCAGGGCCUCGGAACAAACGCACACAAUCCUUCUUUAAGACCUAAGGAGGGACUGUUUCAAGCGCAGACAUCACGGUAUCUCAGUGAGUUUGAAGAAAUCUGUAGACUUGGGAAAGGAUCAUAUGGAAAUGUAUUUAAGGUUAUGAACAAAUUGGAUGGACAGUAUUAUGCGGUGAAGAAAAUUCUCAUCAAAAAAGUUUCAAAGGAAGACUGUAUGAAGGUCCUUAGGGAGGUCAAAGUGUUGUCCAGCCUGCAGCAUGUAAAUGUUGUGGGCUAUCACACCGCGUGGAUGGAACAUGUCCAGCCUGCAACAUAUCCUGAGUCAAACUUGCCUGCACUAGAAUCUGCUGGACAACAGGACAGCCUUGAUGAAAGUGGGGAGAACAACAGCAGCAGUUCCUCUAUAGUUUUUCAGAGCCACAGUCAAAUACCCACAGAGACUGCUUCAAGUGCCAAAGUACCUCAGAGAGACACGCAGCCUAUAAAAGCCUUAGUUCCCACCCAGGACGGACAGGUGGUGUGUCCUAAGACGAUGCGUCGCAUCCCAGAGAACUAUGUCCCUUGCGUUUUUCUGGGACAGCAAGGUCCCAUUAAAGCCUCCAAAUGUCCUGCCAUGGGUUGGGACGCUUCACCAGUUUUGGAUGAGGAGUCCAGUAGGAGUAGCAUGGAACUAAACAACAACUCCUGCAUUGACAAGGAGUGUCAGCAGUGGACUGAGAAGCGUCCAACGAGGCCUUCUAAAGAGGUGCACUUCCACCUGAUGCUUUAUAUCCAGAUGCAGCUAUGUGAGCGCUCCCUGAAAGACUGGAUCUCUGAGAGGAACGCCAAGCCCAAAGAGGAACAAAUCUCAAGAUGUCCUUAUGCCUGUGUUGAUACUGAACACACACUCAGACUGCUAAGACACAUACUUGAAGGUGUGGAGUACAUUCACUCCAAUGGAAUCAUGCACAGGGACCUGAAGCCAAGGAACAUUUUUCUUCACGGCCAUGAUUGUCAUGUUCGGAUUGGGGACUUUGGUUUGGCCUGCAGGGACAUCAUAGUGGAUGGCCUCAAAAGCAACACUUCUCCUUACAGUGAUUGCAGGCAUACUUCAGGUGUUGGCACAUUUGUGUAUGCUGCAACAGAACAACUGAAAGGCUCCAAUUAUAAUUCAAAGUCUGACAUGUACAGCAUCGGAGUGCUGGCUCUCGAGCUAUUCCAGCCUUUUGGGACCGAAAUGGAGCGGGUCCGGACGCUUGGGGACCUGAGGGAAGGGAAAAUCCCUGACUCGUUCUGCCACAGAUGGCCAGUUCUGACAAAAUACAUCAUGAAGCUGACAGAUAAAGAACCCAGUGUUCGUCCCACAGCCAGCCAGCUUCUACAGAGUGAACUCUUCUGCAGUAAAGACAAGGUGAUUCACGGUUUGCAGAGGAAGGUUGAAGAGCAGGAGGAAGAGAUCAUGCAGCUGAGGAGACGGAUCACUCAGCUCCAGACUUCACAACUCACAGUUAAUUUCUCCGAGCUGGAAAACACCUGAGCCUUCGAAAAAAAAAACAAAAAAAAGUUGCUAACUUGGUACAAGUUGGCAGGUGUGUUUGUAUGUUUGAAUAUUUAAGUGUGUCUCAUGCAUCUGGAUUGCAAAUACUUUUCUUCUUUAAGCAGUUUUAAUAAAAAUUAUUUCUAAUA